UCUGGAAGCCCUAUUUUUUCUUUAAACGGUCAGCAAAUUACGUGUAGUUAUACAAAUAGAGCACUACGGUCAUGGCGCUUGAGAGCAACCCAGAAAGUUUGUACAAGGAUCCAAUCGAGGACACUCAGGACAGCAAAGGCCGCUAUGAUGACGAGGAUAGCGGACAACCAAAAGAGUUUUCUCACGUUUUGUCAGCCUCGGACUUUCUUAGCACUCAAAUUAUUAGGGAUGUCUUAUCAUCAUUUACUUAUAUUGAACAGCAUCGGUUACUUGAUUUUUGUCUCUUCCUUAAUGUAAUUUCAAAGGAGUUUUAUUCUCAUUUGCUCAAAUUAUUUCGACUGGAUUGUGUUUCUACCUCAGAAAAUUAUGAAAGUUUUCACAGGAAUAUGAAACUCUGGAGCACAACUGAAAGUAUUAAGCAGGAGCUUCAGUUAGCUGUACAAUCUCUGGAAGAUAAAAUUACUGAUGCUUUACUCAUUAUCUUCUCAUUUUGUGUAUCUGCAGAUCUCAUACAACCUCUUGCCAAAUGUCUUUAUUGCUCUGUUCCUGAAUUUAAUGAAUCAGUGACGCCUCAGUCUAUAGCUCUUCAAAUUCUGUGGGACUGGAGGGAAAAGGAAAAGCUAUAUGCCAAGUGUGAUACAUUAGUCAAAGCACUUUUUUCAUCUGAGACUUUUCCAAUUGAUGUCACCAAACUUAUAAUUAGUUAUAUCAAAUCAGAGCAUAUCAAAUCAGAGCAUAGCAAGUCAGAGCAUCAGAAACAAUUAUCAGUCACUUUAGGCAGCAGCAAUAGUCAGGAUGAGCCACUUAUAAAAGAAAUGAGGCUAAGCUUUGCACAAGCAUACAUCAGAAUGUUUGAAGGGAUCAAACAAAAGUGCAUAGCUGAAUGGCUGAAAGUUCCAAGUGAUGCUAAUAUUCAUGAAUUCAUCUUGAAGCGCUGCAGUUGGAUCAAUUAUGAUCUUCUUGAAGAGCUUGAUGAUGACCUUGGUAAUGGAAAAGCUUUUGGUGCCUAUGUCAAGCAAUUCAAGAGCACAUUAGAAAAGCUUCGUGUUUUUCAAAUUUCUCCAAAUUCUAUUCCUGCUGUUCAAAUACCUGAUCAUUGCAUUUUUUCUAUUGAUUGUCGUCUUUGCCACUCAUCAAUGCAUGCUGGCUCAGUGCUAUAUAAAAUAAAGUCAACAUUAUCAGAGAAAUUGAAUACCAAAGUAGCACAUUUUUUAAUCAGUGGGAUUGAUGAGAAACGUCAAUGCAUUUACAUUUCAAUUCAAAACAAGGAGGUACUACAUUACCUUACUGAAAAUUUGGAUGCUCUGGUUAGGGAUAGCUUUGAUAAUGACUAUAGUUAUGCUUUAUCAAUUGAAGCAAGUGAAGCAAGUGAAAUAGGGCAUAAGGAAAAGGAAAUGUCUUUUGUUGUUCCACCAUUGUCAGCCUAUCCACACCAAGAUGAAACAAAAUUCAGUAAUGCAGUUCAUGAUGUUGAUAUUGUAGGUGAUGUUUUAUUGGAUUUUAGCAAAGGUCCAAAAUUAGAAAUUUCAAUGAUGGAAUUCAAACGAAUAAUUCUUAAUCACAAAGUUCCUGUUGCCUUGUGUCUAGUGGCAGUAAUGGGACUGCCAGAUUGUCUCAAAACGUCAAUUUUACAAAAACUUUUUAGAGAAAACAUUAAAUUAAAGGAGAAUGCAAAACAAAAACUUGAUGAUUAUAUGACAAGAAAGGAAGAUCGUAAUGGUUUAUCUAUUUAUGAGCUGUGCGUACUUGGUGGUAAGCCAUAUAACCAGUACUCAUGGUCUUUUACUACAGAUCGAUUUGGUUCCAUUUUCUCCAUUCUCUGUGGUCUUGUUCGUCACAUUGCUUUAGCGAAAUCAGAAAUAGGAAAUGCUGAGUUUACAAGUGAUGGUCACGUAAGUGAUAGUACAAAUAGCUUAGUUGAUGAUCACUUUAAGUGGCUUAUGGGAAAGGUGGAAAAACAGCUAAAGGACAUUUCUAUGGAUGAAAAAAAAGAAGCUCUUUUACUCAAUGGCCUCACCCUAGCCAAUAUAAUAGACGUUGGUGUUAAUAAAGCCCUUUAUGAUUUUCUUCCUAUUAUGCUUUCCUUUUGCCACAGUCAUCUUCGACUUGUUUUCUUUUCUUUAGAGCGAGACAGUCCUAAGCUUAAUGAAGUGCCAGAUUUGUCAGCUGAUCACUAUAGCAGAAGAGGUGACAACCAUUUAAUAAUGACAAGGAGGCCGCGAAUUAAUUACAUUCUUCACUUUGCAACACUUGGCCAUGAUCAGAAGCAGAAGGAAAGUGAUUGUAAAAAAACUCUCAUUAUUGCCACUAGCAAAAAUGCCAUUGAUUCGCCUCCACAAUUUAAUGAAGUAGAUCUAAAUAGUAAAAUUCAAGAAGAAGCAAAGAAGCAAAACGUUGAAAAAUUUGUUUCUAACGUAAUUCAUGUUUCAAUUAAUGAUGAGAAUUCGCUGACAAUCGCAAAAGAUAAAAUUACAGAGUUUAUUAUUAAGGACAAAACUUUUCAGAAAAGUCUUCCGCUUAGUUUCAUUUUUUUGCGCAGCCUUAUUAUUUCUGCAAAAAAAGAAGAAGCAAAAGCAAUGAUAUUAAAAAGAAGUGAUAUUUAUGAUUUAGCAAAGAAGAUAGACAUGGACGAAGAAGAGUUUGAAAAUUUUCUUGUCACUUUUACUGAUUUUGGUAGUAUCCUUUAUAUGCCACAAUUUAAGUCUCUCAGAGAUAUAAUAGUCGUUGAUAUUUGGCAGUUUAUGCAGUUUUUAAAUGAGCUUUUUUAUCCCCAAGAAGGAAAAAAAUGGUAUAGUGAGCUGACCACUUAUGGAGUCAUCAGGAAAGCACAUGCAUUCAAAAUUUUGAAACAUGAUGUAGAAAAUUUUAUGAAAAUUAUUAUCACUUUUGGAAUAGCAGCUCUCAUUAGUAAAGGAAAGUAUGAUCAUGGUACUUCAUCUGAAGAAUGCUACUACUUACCAUCUGCCAGAAUUCAUAAAAAAUCCCCUCCAUCUGAUUUUAAAAAUGAUUAUGCCUUUCUUAAAUUUGAAAGUGUUAAUUUUCCUGCUAAUGUUCAAGCAAGCAUUAGUCACGAGUUAAUGAAAAAGCAAAAUUUUCGUCUGAUUGGAAACAAAUGUUUCGAUAUUUCAGAGUUUGAAUUUCAAGCUUCAAAUGGUCAUCUAAUUCGUAUUAGAAUGGUGUAUGAAGGCACCAAAACGAAGCUUAUAUUUCACAUUAAUGAUACAUGUGCCUCUGCUGAAAAGCAUCAUUGUGUGUCAGCUUGUAAAAGUGUCAUUGAGGCAUGUUGCGAUAGUCUCAAUAGAAAGACCAACCAGAUUCGAGAUUUGAAGUAUUUUAUUGGCGUUCCAUGCUCUGCUCAUGACAGUAAUAGUCAUUAUAUCUAUUUUAAUGAUGCUUCUGAGUUAUGUCGGCACUGUAAAGAUGCAUUAAGUUUUAGUCGUGACUGUUGGAUUGAUGCAGCAAAAAUGUGCAAUAAGCUAAGAAAGAAUGAAGAUAAUAAUCUAUCAUUUGAAGAACUUCUCCACAUUUUGCAAGAAGUAGCAAAGAACAAUAUGUUGUCUGAGUUUAAAAAUGAACUUAAUAAAGUAGGGGUACAUAAGACUACAAAAAGCUACCAAGAAGAUCGCCAAGUAAUUGAAGUCCUAAUGAUGUGGGAGACGAAACAACAUUCUCCUAGGUACUCUCUGAUUAAAAUAUUAAAUCGACUGCAACUUUAUUCUAUUGCUGAUAUGAUAAAACUGGAUUAAAUGUUACCACAUUGUUUGCAUUGUUACUUUUACAUUUAUAUAUAGCUAGAUCAGUGCUUAUAUUUACUUUUA